ACUUAAUUUGAUCCUCGCAGUGUGCGGAUCUUUCUGACCAAAGGCGCACAGUUGCUCCAAGAACUGAGUGUUCCAAAUAUCAUCGAACUCAAGUUCUCCCCUGCGCGGAACAUGCCUCUCUACAUGGGAGCGACCAGUAAAGCUGGAAGAUGUGCGCCCUGCACAAGAAUCUCCGUGUCUUCUCUGCGUCUACCGGCGAGGAGCUCAUCUCAUUCACACAGAAGUCACAUGAGAACUGGGACCUUCAGUACACCGUAUCUGAGUCGCAUGCCAUUCGUCUUGUUGCUCGAGAGGUCCAAGGCUACCGUCCUGCUGGAUGGGGGAAGUGCAUCGCCGAUCAGCUAUGCAUUGAAGGCGCAUCAAUGGUCUCCCUGAGUCCUGGACUGAACCCGUCCGUUGCGGUGUUUGUUGCUACGAAGAAGGGCGCCCCUGCAGUUGUCAAGAUCUAUGGCCUAUCCACCCUUUCUGGCGCCCCAACCUGCUCUAAAACUUUCUACAAGGUUGACGCGCUUGUUUUCUAUCGGACCUGCAUUUGAAGCUUAAAUUUGACUGCCAGCAUAGCUAAGGUCAUACUGGCCUGCCAUGGCCAUAAAAACUUUGAAUUCGAUUGCGGGUGGCAAUGUUGAAUGGCCUCCGGCGUGAUCACAAAAGCAGGAAUCUCACACAGGCUAGCAAGUAAGUCGCGUUCGCACCUUCAAGCUUCCCACACCACCUAGAAUCUGUAAGAAGCCA